GCCGGGGAGAGAGCCCGCGUUUCGGAGGAGUAGCCAAGGUUAGGGCAAGGCCGGCGAAUGGGUGGCUGAGCGGCUGCGGUGUGGAGGCCAGGGGUCUGUCCCCGCGGUUGCCCGGUUCCCCGGUGGGAGCGGCCCCCUUGCAGCGGCGUGUCGUGUCUGCCUUCGCAGGCACUCUCCUGUGGGUUCUGGACCUUUCGUGGAGGACCCCUGGGACCUCUUCCCGAGGCCGGCGACCCCUUGCUGUCAUUUCCGGCUCCUGCGAGACUGAGGGAGUGCUCAGUAAACUUUAGGGCAAGCUUGGAAUUCCUGGGGCGACAGUGGUCUGGGGCCAGUGGAAAGGUCCUGGCAGAAGGCAAGCGCCGUCGGAGCCCGCAAAUCGGCCUGCACCCAGCAAGUCAGAGUGCGGAGGGUGAAGGUAGUGGCCGUCCCACAGGCAGCAGGAACCCAUCCGAGGAGAAAAGCCUCUCACCUGAGAUCUCUGCUGAGCACCUGGGCUGAGGUUUGGGGCUGGAAGAGGGAACCGGUCUUGGAGCUCCUGGGGGACUUUGGUUAUUUUUGACUCUCUCGCUUGCAGGGAGCAAGGCUUGAAUUAAGUAACUGCAUCCGGGGUGUGGGGCAAACGAAGAAGUCUUGGAGAAUUUGAUUCAGGAGAGAGGCGAGCGUUACCUAACUUCUGGGAUGGGCAGCAACCUGUGCAGUGGGGCUCGGAGAGGAGGAAAUGCCUCAAUGUGAAGGACUGGACAGGGCCUUGUGCCAUGGCAGAGACUGGGGAAGAGGAGACAGGGUCAGCAGAGGCCUCAGGGUUCUCGGACUUGAGUGACUCAGAGUUGCUAGAAUAUCUGGACCUGGAAGACACUCAGGAGUCAUGUGCUUCACUUAGCAAGCCUGGCCCUUCUUCUGAACUCCCCCGGAAGGAUAGCAAGAUUGUAAGCUUGCCGAAAUGGAAAAGAGGAUUGGAUGUCUCAUCACCUAUGGAGCGAUUCCACCUUAAAUAUCUGUAUGUCACUGACUUGUCUACUCAGGACUGGUGUGAACAGCAAAUGGUAUAUGGGAAGGAGCUUCCUGGUUUCUUGGCUCCUGAGAAGGCAGCUGUUUUGGACACUGGUGCCAGCAUCCACCUAGCUAGAGAACUGGAAGUUCAUGAUCUUGUAACUGUCCCCAUCACCACUCAAGAAGAUGCUUGGGCAGUUAAGUUUCUGAAUAUGUUAUCAAUGAUUCCUGUCCUGCAGUCAGAAGGACGCAUCAGAGAGUUUCCAGUGUUCGGAGAAGUGGAGGGUGUGCUGCUCGUUGGAGUAAUUGAUGAGUUGCACUAUACAGCCAAGGGGGAACUGGAACUGGCGGAACUUAAGACACGCAGGCGCCCUAUGCUCCCUCUGGAAGCUCAGAAAAAAAAAGACUUUUUUCAAAUCAGCCUAUACAAAUAUAUCUUUGAUGCCAUGGUUCAAGGGAAAGUGACCAGCGCCAGCCUAAUCCACCACACAAAAUUAUGUCCAGACAAGCCACUGGGACCUUCAGUGCUGAGGCAUGCCCGGCAGGGAGGCUUCUCUGUGAAGUCCUUGGGUGACCUCAUGGAGCUAGUCUUCUUGUCUCUAACACUGUCUGACCUCCCAGUUAUUGAUAUUCUGAAGAUUGAAUACAUCCACCAAGAGACUGCCACUGUGCUGGGUACAGAGAUUGUGGCCUUUGAAGAGGAGGAGGUGAGAGGCAAAGUGCAGCACUAUCUGGCCUACUGGAUGGGCCACCGAGAGCCUCAAGGGGUUGAGGUGGAGGAGGCUUGGAAAUGCCGGACAUGCAACUAUGCAGAUAUCUGUGAAUGGAGGAAGGGUGGUGGGAUGCCCAGCUCCAUUCUAGAGCCCACAGCCAAAAAAGUGAAAUGACCAGAAGGGUCGGGAACUUUCAUCCUCCUUGCUUCUAAUGCACUCAGCAAAGGAAAAGAGGACGAAUCUUUGAGCUUAGCUUCCAUGGAGAAUAUUCUUAAUUUUUGUUCUUUUCAUAUUUUCUCAAACUAACUGCUCAAGUCAAGACCAAGUUUCAGGGGUGAGUGGGAGAAAUCUGGGGUUAUAUGGUCCCUGGAACUUUGCUGUAAAUCGCCAAGAAAACAGUUGCUCAUUGUGGCUGGAGCAAAAGUCAUCCUUCAGCAAUCAUUGCUUUCCUAAGAAGAUCCUAAAGUUUCUGUUAAGUCUCUUCCCUGUUUUUCUUAAGUAAAGCU